AUGGAUGAGAAUGCCUGGUAUUUGAUUAGAAAUGUAAGGAUAAAGGUGGCAUCUGUGAAUGCAAAUGUGAACCUCUUUGGCUAUCAGCUGGAUCCCAGUGAGAUGGGAAAGAAUCCUGAAGAACUCUACAUGGGGACGCUGGACAAGGACAAGACAAUACUAUCAGGAGAGAAUACAGGGAAACUGAAUGGUUUUCAGUUAGGAAGGAGGUCAUCAUUUCUGCCAUUCUUACUACUUGUGGCAGCCUUAAUCUCCAGAAAUCAUGCUACCAAACAUGAAGAAUGGAUGGGCUGCCUUGAUGACCCUGACUAUGAGGAGCUGCUAAACAUUUCCAAAAACGGGCUGAGUAAGACUUCAGAGCCAAAGAUUGUUGUGAUUGUUGGGGCUGGAAUAAGUGGACUCACUGCUGCCAAAUUACUGAAGGAUGCUGGCCAUCAGGUUCACAUUCUUGAAGUUAGUAACCGAGUAGGGGGCCGGAUAAAGACCUAUCGAGAGAAGGACUGGUAUGUGGAUUUGGGCCCUAUGCGUCUGCCCAAGGCCCACAGAAUUAUUCGUGAAUAUCUCAAGAAAUUCAAUCUCACAUUGAACCCAUUUGCUCAGACCGAUGAGAAUGCCUGGUAUUUGUUUAGAAAUAGAAGGCAAAAGGUGGCAGCUGUGAAUGCAAACGGGAACCUCUUUGGAUAUCAGCUGGAUCCCAGUGAGAUGGGGAAGAGUCCUGAUCAGCUCUAUGUGGAAACGCUAGAUAAGGUAACAAAAAACUGUACAAGUCUGAAGGACAAAUAUGACUCUUAUUCAACCAAGGAAUACUUACUUAAAGAAGGAAAACUGAGCAGAGGGGCAGUGGAUAUGAUUGGUGACCUCUUGAAUGAAGAUUCUGGGUUCCACAUUUCGUUUCUUAACUCUGUUUUGGAGUAUGUUAUCUUUUCAGAUGACAACAGUUUUGAGGAAAUCACAGGUGGAUUUGACCAGCUCCCCAAUGCCUUCCUCCAAGAACUACGUGGAAUAAUUCGCUUCAACAGCAGAGUGGAGAAGAUUGUUCGCUCGGACAGGAAAGUGAGGGUGUUUUUCCGCAAACUGGAUAAAAAGGCCUUGCAAUGGCUGACUGCUGACUAUGUCCUUAUCACAGCUACAACCAAAGCUACACGACUCAUCAAAUUCCAGCCUCCCCUUUCCCAUACAAAGGCUCAUGCCUUGCGCUCCUUCCAUUAUGCAAGCUCCACUAAAAUUGCUUUGGCUUGCACUGACAGAUUUUGGGAGAAAGAGGGGAUUCGAGGUGGGAGGUCAUUCACAGACCAUCCAUCCCGGGUUAUCUACUAUCCAAACCAUGAUUUUGCCAGUGGCCUUGGAGUCAUCCUAGUUUCUUACACUUGGCAUGAUGAUGCUGAUUUCUUCGUUCCCCUCAGCGAUGAAAAAUGCAUUGAUUUGGUGCUGGAUGACCUAUCAGAAGUCCACAAUAUUUCCAAAGAUUAUCUCAAAUCUGUCUGCAACAGGCAUGUGAUUCAGAAAUGGGCCCUAGACAAAUUUUCCAUGGGGGCCUUUGCUUCCCCCACCCCUUACCAGUUCAGCCAUUUUUUUAAGGCCUUGUUUCAGAAUGAAGGAAGGGUCUACUUUGCAGGAGAACACACAGCCCACCCUCAUGCUUGGAUCGACACCGCAAUGAAAUCUGCGAUAAGGGCAGCAAGUGGCAUUCACCUCAGGGCCACUAAGCCUGAAUUCUAG